UGUGGCAUAUAGGGCAAGGAGGAAGGCUGUUGAUGUGGUGCAAGGUGACCACAAGCAACAAUACUUGAGACUGAGGGAUUAUCUUCAAGCUGUUCUUGACACAAACCCUGGGAGCAGAUGUAUUGUAACAACAUUUGUUGACCCAGAAAAUCCUGCACCCACUCCUAGAUUCAAGUACAUGUUCUAUUGUCUGGCAGCAUCAAAGGAAGGGUUUCUGAAUGGUUGCAGACCAUUUAUAGGGCUUGAUGGGUGUUUCAUCAAGUUAACCACUGGACAGCAAAUUCUUGCUGCCACAGGAAGGGAUGGCAACAACAACAUCUACCCCAUAGCUUUUGGUGUGGUUGACAAGGAAGAUGAAGAAAGUUGGACUUGGUUUUUAACUCAGCUGAGAUGCUGCAUUGGUAGUGGUAACAAAUUUGGAACAUACACAAUAAUAUCUGGCAGGCAAAAGGGGUUACUUAAGGCAAUAAAUGAGGUGUUCCCUGAUUCACCUCAAAGAUUCUGUCUUAGGCACAUAUAUGCAAACUUUCAAGCAGCUGGGUAUAGAAGCAAAGAACUAAAGCACUGUGUUGACCAGGCUAGCUACUCUUACACUAGGCAUGGGCAUGAAUUAGGGAUGGCAGCUCUGAAAGCACAGUCUGAGGAUGCUUGGAAAUGGCUUAAAAAUAUAGAGAUCUCUGCUUGGGCUAGGUAUGCUAUGGAUCAUACUUGCAAAACAGAUCUAGUUGUGAACAACCUUAGUGAAGUCUUCAACAAGAUGAUACUUGAUGUUAGAGCCAAACCAAUAAGGACAAUGUUUGAAGGGAUUAGAACCAAGCAGAUGAUAAAGAGGCAGCAGACUAGGGGGAAGUUGCAGACAUGCAGGUGGACAAUCACACCAAAUUACUCAGAGAUUUUAGAAGAGAACAAAAAGUAUGCCAAGCACUGCCAGGCUGACAAAGCUGGUGAGACAAUUUGGCAAGUAACAAGCAAAGAAAACCAAUAUUGUGUGGACAUGGAAACAUGUACAUGUGACUGCAAGAGAUGGGACAUGACAGGUUGUCCUUGCAGUCAUGCCAUAUCUGCAUUGAUAAAGCAAAAGCUCCAUCCUGAAGACUAUGUUAAUGAAUUCUUCAAGAAGCCACUGUACCUGGAGGCAUACAAAGCAAUAAUUUUCCCUGUCCCUGGUCCAGAUUGCUGGCCUGAUACAAACACUCCAGAUAUCCAGCCUCCUGUGUUCAAAGAAAAGGCAGGGAAAAAGCAGACAGCAAGGAGGAAGGGUGAGUUUGAGGUUCCAGCUCCUAGAGACACUAGUAGGAUGGGUACUAUCACCUGUGGAAAUUGUAACAAGACUCUAAGGCCUAGGCUUCAGAUGAGGAAGACAGGACAUCAGGAAAACAGGGCAGUUUAUGAAGACAUAGCUGGUUCAUCUAGAACAGUUCCUCUUGCAACUGCAAGAACCACAACAGUACCUGCUGCAACUCCAUCUGCAUCUGCACCAGCCCCUUCUGCAUCUGGCCCAGGCCCUUCUGCAUCUGCACCAGGCCCUGCACCAAGAGCUAAAAGAGGUAGGCCUAAAGGUAGAGGGAGGACUCGUGGAUUUACUGCUCCAAGACCUGCAAGCACUUCAGAUAAUCAAGUUGGGACCAAGAGGAAGAGAAUGACAAGCUCCAAAUUAAAAGGUUAUUUCUAUUGCAGUGGUAACUACUGAAGUGACAGGUAAGCUGAGAUGAAACCUGUUCUGUGGUCAAGUUGUCUGAACUUAUUCUGUGGUCUAAAACCUGUUUGGUACUUUCUUUAUUUGUUUGAACCUAUUAUGUGGUCUGAACCCUAUUUGGCACUUUCUGAAUUUGUCUAAACCUGUUCUGUGCUCUGAAACAUGUUUGGCUAUUUCUAAAUUUUUCUGAACCUGUUCCGUGCUCUGAAACAUGUUUGGCUAUUUCUGAAUUUGUCUGAACCUGUUCUGUGCUCUAAAACAUGUUUGGCUAUUUCUGAAUUUGUCUGAGCCUGUGAAAAUGGGCCUUUGAUUGGGCUUUGUUAUUGGAUCAAACUCCCGAAGCCUUCUGUGUUGUCUAUAAGAAGGCGAACCCUCUCUCCCCCCUACCCAAACCUAGCCGCCAGCACCACUACAACCCAGCCGCCAGCCAAAGAGAUGGAUCCCAGCCAUGGAGAGGUUGUUGAUGACCAGGAGGAGUUGGGUAGGGCAACAAGAAGGGUUGCAAGAGAAGAAAGGAGGGCCCAUCGACAUGAGCGACAGCGACAGCUGGCUGCUAGAAUCAUGGCAGAACGCAACUCCAACGACGUGAGGCAGUUCAACGAGGUGUUCCCAGCUGGAACCAACAUCACUGAUGAGCUGAUCAUUUGGUGGGCUAGAGAGAGGGCAAACUUCCAUCGAUAUCAAGUCACCAGGGCGAGGUGGAGUAGAAUUCUUGAUUCGGCGUGGUGAAUCUAUUCUCACUAAUGCUUGCUAUGGAUUUCUCUCUUGAAUAAAUGUCAGCUUGUAUGAAUUCUUAUCAAUUUCUCUGAAUGUAUGCGAAGUUAGCUGGAUUUUCUUAAUUUCUGCUCUAUAAUUGUUUGUGCGUGGUGGUUCAUGGUAGUUAAUGUAGGUCUAGAAGCAUCCACACACAAGUAGUAGUGGCCAGCCAUGUCUUUAAAGCCAACACCCAAAACGUGUAAUCUCCACUUCUCCUCUCUUUCUUUCUACUCGA